GGAAAGGCAGCAUUAAGGAAGGUCACAUCCGCUUUUGGAUUUCCAGCGGAUCACAUUGACAAAGCUGCUGAUUGUGGGAGACGUCCUGCUGCUCACACUAUAGCUGUUUCCCUGCAGCUUCCCAAUGCAACUUUAGAUACGUUAGAUUACACAUUUUACGAACUUUAAUAAUAUAAUAACAAGAACAUUUGACUACCAGUUAAGUAUGGAUUUGGCGACAUUUCAUCCCGUUAUCCUGCUUCUCGCCUUGGUACAUGUUGUGUUGGCCCUGGUGGAGCCGCCGGCCAACGUGACCCUGGAGUGCCACAACAUGCACAACGUGCUGCGGUGGGACUACGACCAGCUCGUCCCCGGGCUCAGAUUCAGAGUCAAUAUCGGCUCGACGGGAGGAUCUCCCGAUGUAAGAUGGGUGGAUCCGCCAGCGAAGCAAGCCGACGUGUCGUUUCUCUCUGAUCCCAGGAACGAAUACAGAAUUUCCGUAACUGCUGUGAUUGGAAAGAAUGAGUCUGACUCCGCCCCUCCGGACUCAAUAGAAUUCAGCUAUUUCAAGGACGCUCUAGAUAUAAGAACAUGUUCUCUUGACCUCCCUUCAGUAAACGUCACGACCCUACAUGAUGGCAAAAUCCUGGUCCGCUUCAUGCAUCCCUGGCUGUUGUAUGAAAUCAAGAGGCCCAGCAGUCAGAAAAGCAAGAAGAACAAGGAUGGCCAGAUCAGCAAAGAGCUCCCCGUAUUUGGAUACAUGGUCGAGGUGGUCCACCACCAGAAGGAACACCACCCAUCUGUCUGUGAGGAGAGUGUGUGUGAGAUGAACUUCACAGUGGCCGCUUCUCAGGAGAAACACUGUGUGACAGUCGAAGGCGAGCUGAAGAAGAUGUUAGUGAAAACCCUCCGACCGGUCUGCGCCGCGCCAUACAAAGAACCACCAAGCUAUCUCGUCCAUAUGUGGGUGGUGGGCGUCCUGCUGAUCUCGAGUGCGGUUGCUUUUGUCCUCUUCAUGGUCUACCGAAAAAAGACCAAUGCAGCAACUUCUAUACCAAAAUUCUUUAAAUUCGCAGCCAAAGGAAUGCCUGAGAGCAAAGGAUACCUGCAGGAGAAGAUCUUUGUUCCUGAAGUGGUGCCCUGCUCUCCCACACUGAUGGACGAGGAGAAAGACGUCACAUCUUUCAUCAAUCCCUGCGAUGACUCCGUGCUCCGGAUGCGCUGCGGCGUGUCGGCAGAGGCAGACAAAGGCCUUUCUGACAGCGUGGAGGUGGCGACCGAUGAAGGAUCCGGCUACACGCAGGGCAGAGACUUGGAGCCAGACGAGCCGCUGGAGGUCGCUGAGGCGCCCUCUGGGUAUGAGAAGCGCGCGGGGGUGGUGUCGUAGGCUCCGGGCGAAACGGCGGAGGGAUACCGCGGCUGAGGCUGUAACUUCCGAACAUUGUGGCACAUCGAAUGUUUGAAGUUGGGUCAAAAAAAGGGAACUCGUCUGCAAUCACCUGUCAUUCAAAUUGGAAAAUCUUAACCCUAAACAGCGAUUUUCAGUCGCGGUUACAAAUUCCAGGUGGUUUGGGUUGUUCCCUUGUCAGACCGUCUCCAAGGGAACAGAGAACCAGGAACGUCCCUCCUGUAGGUGCACUCAGACAUCAGUUACAUUUGACUUUGCACUAAUGUGUCAGAGCAAGCAACUAAGGUUACAAAUUAAAAUGGCCUUACAGAUGUGUUGUAUAAUAUCGAUCAAAUGAAUUGCUAAAAUCAGAUCAGUCACCAGUGUCAGUGUCGUAAUGUUGUUCAUUUAAGUUCUUGAUUUCUGAUAUUUGUUUCAAAUGUUGCAUCCUCUCAUGCCUGCAUGCUUAACAUUUCCAGUAGCUGCCAAAUCAGCUGAAUUACCUGUGAUUGGCUUAGUAAUAAGUGCAUGCAACCUCCACAGGAGCUUCAUGAAAGGAGAUGUGAAUGAUUCAUAGCUGCCAUAUCUGAGAGAAAUGUGAAGAUAAGCAUCUUUUCUGCAGAGCUCUUUAAAGUGCUUCUCAUGACGGCAUUACCUCUUCACUGACUGUUGCAUUUACCUCUGAAUUUAAAUGUCACGGUUUCAACUGUUACUCAAAAACAAAAGCGUCACUAAAACACAUCUUUCAAUGAAUCCUAGUUUAGUGACUUAAAGGGAGUAACUGUGCUUUAUAUUCUGUAAUGCGCAUGGAAGUAAAACUAUUAACGUUUUCUGUAAAUACUGUUAUAUCCUAAGCAUCUGUUAAUCAUGCAUUAUUAUCUGUUGACCCCAUGUUCAGCAGUAACUGUGCUGAGUAGUCACAGUACUGUUUUCUCUGUAUUAGCGCGUCUUUUCUACCUGAAUCCAAUCCUUUAGUCUCUCAUUAUGCUAGUUGCACCUUAAAGUCACAGAUAUACAACAGUGACUUGUGACAUUUCUUUGACUUAAAUGAAAUAUUCGGGGGGGUUAGUUGAUGCAAGUCAGAUUUGAUUGGAUCCCAGAGUGAGUGUGAUAGGGGAAAGAAGAGCAAUAUGGAUCUGUAGAGGAGAGUAUUCCUGCUGGUCGAGGGAGGGAGAACUACUGAUGGAUCAGUUAUUCACUAAAAGCCAAACACGCUCCCUCCUGUUAACAAACUGCUCUAUUAGCUGCUCUACUUACAGACUGAACCGUGGUUUGGGCCAUUUCCCAAAGUACAUUUCUUAAGAUACUUUUAUGUAGACACCCGCCAAGUUCAAGGCGAGUUGUCAAAAAACACUAUUAAUACGAAAAUGUAUUAAAUUAUUGCCAAAUAAAGGCUGUUAAUUGAACAAUUAACACAGGGUUACAAAAUGUUUGAGUUAUUUUACCCAGCCUUUAAAUGAAUUUAUGGAAUUCGAUGAACUCAUUUUCUCAUGAAAGGAGAGGGGAUUUGCACCAGAGGAACUGAAGUGAUGUUUUAACAUUUUUACUUGUGCCUUGUUACCGGGCUUUAAACGUCAGCUGUUGAGUUGCUUAUUGUUGUUUUGUGUUUAACUUGUUUUGUGUUGCAUAACUUGAGACUGUGCGAGUUGAUGAGCCUUCCCAGCUAGAUCUGUUAUACAGAGGCUGGAUGCUGACGCUGACUUUGAAAAAAGGAAAUGGUGCUUUUGUAUUUGUGUAAAACAUUCAGUUUGCAAUUUUCAAAGAGUAAAUGACGGGUUUGAUGACCAGCCGGAGUGAUUGUCUGAUGAUAUUUGAAUGUUAACGUUUGAUUUGGAAAAGUGGCCGGCCCAUUAACCUCGAGCACUUGUUUUUAUAAUUUCACUAAUUAACUCUUAAUUAUGCUUCCUCAGUUUCUGUGCCUAUGUCCUUUAUAAUGAUUCAUUUUCCGUCUGAAAACCGCUGUUAAUGUUUAUCUCGUGUGAGUUUUCAGUAUUACUUCAUUUCAAUAAAAGUACAAAAAAAC